AUGUGGGAUGCUUCUAAUACAUCAAAUUCUCAAGGAGAUAUAUUAAAAGCGUCGUCUGAAUUGGACGCACCUACUGACGAUUGGUCGUCUGCUACAAAGGAAUCAAAUUCUGCGUGCAAUUUGACGCUAUCACCGGCCGGUGAUGAUUGGAAUGCUGUAUCGGAUGCUUGGGCAUCAACAAAUGAAAGCCAAUAUGCGUCAUCAAAGAAAACAGUUCCAAUCGACGAUGACUGGGGGGCCGAAUCAUGCAAUACUGACUCUUUCAAAGCUGAUUCUACAGAAAAGAAAAUAGCCCCACGUCCAAGUGAAACACAAUUCGUUGAUGAAUGGGGAGCAUGUGCUGAUGCUUAUGCGUCCAGUAGCAAAACAAAAACACACACCAUUAAAGCAGCAACCAAUAGCGGUAGUCAGUAUGGUUGGGACCAACCUGACAAUGUAUCUACUACUAGUUCCAGAUCCAUCGCGUCAGAUGACUGGAACUCCUGGUCGUCGUGUUCGAAUGCAGUCACUGAAAAAACAACGUACACUCCGAAAUCUGACCCAAGUGACACCUGGUCGACCUCAGAGGACCCUUGGGUAACAACCAAUGGAUGGUCCACUUCUAGAAUAACUCAGUUCAAUGCUUGGGGAACCUCAGAAAAUACUGGCAAUUCCUGGACCUCUAGCGGCUAUACUGCUCGGCCUGGCGGAAGAGGCGGUGGUAGUAGAGGGCCGCCACGACCUUGUGUUCAGUGUAACGAGGAAGGACACACGUCUUAUAAUUGCCCCACCAGAGGAAGAGGUAGAAGUAAUGGCGGUACAAGAGGCCAGCGAACUUGUUAUAAAUGUAAUCAAGAAGGCCAUAUGUCCUACGAGUGCCCAACCAGUUCGACGCGAGGAAGAGGUGCUGGUAGAGGCACACGCGUUUGUUAUAAAUGUAACGAAGAAGGACACAUGUCUUAUGAUUGUCCUACUGGUUCGACAGGACAAAGGGGUGGUGGACGAGGAUCUGCAAAACCUUAUUACCAAUCUAGUUGUGAGGUAGCGAAUUCUAGUAAUAACCAACCGGUGAUGGAUGAUUGGGGCACGCUAACGAGCGUACCCAAUUCAUGGUCUUCUAGUGGCAACGCAUCUAGACGUUCCAAUGAAAAAAGUGAUGUUUGGGCAACUCCAAACAGUUCUAGUAACCCAUGGGCAACCGGUGCCAAUAGUGGUACAGGUGGCGCUAGAAGCACUUCAAGCUACAAUGCAGCGGUCCGUAGCACAGAAACGGUGGUGGAUGAUUGGGAUAUACCAAGUAGUUCGACUAAUGCCACUCUGGCCUUGCCACCUGCAACUUCAACGCGUCGUAAUGGAACGUCGGUUUGCACGGAACCUGAUGAUUGGGGAUCAGCAGCAGAUGCGUGGUCUUCGGGUACGACUUGCAAACCCGUAACUCCGUCCACCAGAUCAAAUGCGGUCGCCACAACAGGUGGGGAUGAUUGGGACACAGAAGCUGAUGUUUGGUCAAGUAGACAUAGUUCUGCCUCAAGCGUAAGAGCCGCAGUGGCAGCCAGUGAAGUGAACGACUGGAGUGGCACUCAGAGAACAGCAAUCAAAAGUGGCAAUUCAUCUGUUCCACGAUUAGUUUCAUCGAUAUCGUGUCCCUUUGUCUGGAACGGCACAAUAAGGCAUCGUUCUAUGUUGUUCAGAAUCAACAUGGAAAACUUAGACACGGAUUCCUCGUCGGAUCUCGCUAAUUUAGCGAUACCCACAGCAUUGAGAGUCGUCGGUACUAUCGAUCCUGAAAAAGUGUGGAAUUACUUGAGGCAAGUAAGGACCACGAGAUACGAAAAAAUCAUUGUAUUCCAAUUCACGCAAGCAGUGAAUGCGGAAAUUUCUUACGCGAAUUGCUACGAAUACUUUCUUGAAGGCGUUCGCAAAAGAAACUGUUAUGGUGUUGUUGGGUCUGUACCGGAUUCCAAACUUCCAUGCACCAUCAAGGAUUUCUAUAUCACUCCGUUACCCAAAGAAGAUCAUCUGCCAAAGGAGCUGGAAACUAUCGCUUCAGCAAGAUGUUUGAGAGAAAAUCGGUUUUCUGAUUUAUUACUGGCGAUUGUUGUAAUUCAAAGUAAGCGCCCGAUGGACCAGAUCUGUUAUGGUGCAUCUGCCAGGCCUUCCAAAGUUGCCAAAGUGGAAAAUAGUAAAAUUCCAGUUGACGACGGCCAGACAGAAUCAGUUGCAAUUGAGAAGAUCGAUGCUGUGCCUGAAAGCCAAUCUGCUCCAGCUCAAGCACCUAGUCGAUUAACCGCCAUUCGUCAAAAGCUACAGCAAGAUAUUCAGAGUGUUGACCCUGUCAAAGCCAGAAUUCAUACGCACUCUCUUCAGCAUUCUGCUGCCAAGAUACCCUCAUCAAAGACACAGCUUCUAGGUAAACCUCUUCCAGCUGUUCAAACUACAAUUCCGUUGGCGACAGGUGAAUCCAACGAUGCUACAUUGGAGGCCGAAAAGGAAGCAAUUCAAAGCCAAGUUCCGAUCAUUGAAGAAAAUAUCCAGAUUCCAGUACCCCCUGUAGAUGGGGAGUUGCUAAUGAAGCAAGCUAUAAUGGAAGAGUUGAAUCGUCAAAUUGAUGCUUCAAAGCAGGUCAAGUUAACAGAAGUGUCUUCAACUUUGCCAUCAGAAACACAAAAUUUGACUCCUGACGAACCUAUUGCCGCAGAACUUGCUUUGUCAGCCGCUACUGUUAUACCCGAUGGACCGUUAACGCGUUUCAGAUCGAAGGGACGGACUGUUGCAGAGAAAGUUCCGACAAUCAAGCAAGCAAAGGUUACUGUUUCUUCGAAUUCGGAUCCUUCUAAAGAAAACGUAGACCUGAGAACGAAGAUAGAUAUGCUAAAGGAACAACGAAGAGCACGCAUUUCGCGAAAGGAAAUUGACAUACCUAAGGAAGCCAAGAAACGUCCUUGUUUAAUCGAAGGCUGUAAGAAUGAUGCACAAUCAGACAGUGUCUAUUGUAGUGAUGAAUGUAUCGUUAGCCACGUGCAAGAUUCGCUUAACGCAAUGAGCAAGCAGAAGAUGAAUGAGGCGCAGUUACAGGAACCGUCUGAUCCUAGUAUUUCUCCAACGACACCGAACGCGUCUUCGGAUGAAUCCAUGUGGAAAGAUUCAAUCGACUACACCCUUUUAAAGGCCCAACCAACACCUGCACUGGCCUCUAAAUUGCUUGCCAUGACGGAAAUGAGGAAAUCUUUGACGUCAGAAAAUAAGUCAACCACUUUGGCUGCAGAUGUGUCCGUCCCUGUCAUGGAAAGAAAGACUGGAAAAAUACUAUGUGGCAUGUCAGCACCGACAGUAGGAAGUUUGGAACAGUGGUUGAAGAGCAAUCCUACUUAUGAAAUUAUCAAACCUGAAUCACUUCGAAUUAAACCAUGGUUACCGACUGUUUCUACGGUUUCGUCGACGCAAAUUUCUCGGUCUACGACACCACCAGCUAACACACGUUCAUCAAAGACUGAUGUCGAUACUCGUCGCAACUCAAAGAAACCGAGCGAUUCCACGUCUUCAUCUAAAGCGGCGAGGGUGUCACGCAAAAGGUCUGUGGAAACAGCCAAGGAAGAAGAGACAUCAGCAAAAAUAGCGAAGCCUGACUCUGAGUCAACCAGGGUUAUUACGAGGAGUUCCCUCAAGGAAGCUCUGUGGAACCGAUGCAAAGAUAUUAAUGAUUUGGAAAUAGACGAAGCAGACGUUGAAGAAAUUGCGAACGAGGUGGAAGAAUCUCUAUAUUCGCUGUUCAAGCAAGAUGUUAGCAUAAAAUACAAAAGCAAAUAUCGGAGUUUGAUUUAUAACAUCAAAGAUCCUAAAAAUUCUGGAUUGUUCCUCGAGAUCGUUACAAAGCAGAUAACACCAGUUCAGUUGGUGAAGAUGUCAACAGAGGAAUUGGCAUCUAAAGAUUUAGCCGAAUGGCGGGAACAAGAAGUCAAACGCCAGCUAACUUUGAUCGAAAAAAAUGAACAGGAACGCUUGUCUCAAGUCAACAAAUACCUGAUAAAAACCCACAAAGGAGAAGAGUUUAUCAAAGAAAUCAAUGAAGACUAUGAUGAAUUAGACGACGACACAUCGAAAACGGUUGGUUUUUCUGAUACACCCCCUGAAGACUCAAGUUUGAAGCAUAUAUUGCCGAGAUUUAAAAGUGUUCUGGAUUCCAGUCAAGCAUUCGAAGAGAAAGACGCAAAGAGGAAGACCAGUUCACAUUCAAGCAUGAAGGACGAUGGAUUAAAGGGAACCAAAAGUUCAGUGAGGUCCUCUCGUCAUUCCGAAUCUAAGUCGAGAGGGUACGACUAUCGCCAUAGCAGCCGUCAAUCAGAGAAUAAAGAUUGUGAAAGACAUGACAGAUAUAGUUCUAGUAGAUCGAAAUCAAGGAGUAAAUAUCGACACCACAGCCGAAAAUCGAAUAGGUAUAAGGAACAAGCAAAAUCUCCUGAAUCCAAAGCAAUCAGCCCAUCUACCGAACUUGAGGCCGAUGGUUUCAGAGGCUUCAAUGAAGGGGAAGAACUUAAUAAUUACAAUCAGCUGCUCAGCCUUCACGAGGAAGUUGCUAUUACAACAGCCGACAGCGAUACGUUAUGGUUAGAAAAGAAGUUGAUGAAACAACUUAUCGUGUUGGAAGAACUUAAUCACCGUUCAGAUGCUUCAGAACCAGAGGUUAUCGAUGGACAUGUAACCUUCGAAGGGUCCCUCAAAAAGGGGGAUUCAGUUACAUCUGAAGGCGCCAUACCAUCGACGCCUACAACACAGCCUUCGAUGAGUCCGGAACGAUGUUGUAAUAUUUCCGUGGAAGGCAUGUAUCAAAAUAUUGAUAAAGAAAAGGUGACUGCAGAGGUCAACCAAAUAGAUACUGAUUCAGCGCAAUAUGAUGAUUUGAAAGAAAACAGCGGUUUGGCUGUUACGUCUUUGGCAUGCACAAGCAGUUCUUUAGAUAACAGCGUAGCAAAUGUGUCGUACAGUCCCGGCGAGCUACUAAUCGUAGAAGACGAUGAUUCUUUUUUAGAUCUUGACGAGCAGUUUUUAAAACAGCAAGCGGUAGUUGAAGAGCUGAAUUCUAACUUAACGUCCUUUAUUGUGGCGAAUAAUAUCGAUAUUCAAUCUCAUGAUGAAAAUUUGGAUUCUACAUUUAGUGAACAGAUGCCAUUUACACCUCCUGGAAUGCUACCGUCUGAUUUGAAAGAUGAAGCGUGUAAAUUUGUUGAGCCUACCGGAUCAGCACAGGUGAACUGCAAUGAAACUGUCAGCGAUAUCUGUAUCGUAAAUACAGCAGCCGAUCAGUUCAAAAAGACAACACCUUCUUCAUCCAUUGAUCUGGAUAACACCAACUCAGAGGAAGGAACCAUUAUAGUUGAGAAACAAAAAAAAAUUUAAACUUUUGCCGGCGUAGAAUGAAGCUGAUAAAUACCUCAUCAGAAAAUAUAGCAGCAGCAAUACUGGAUGUGGCUAAACACGAGUUUAGUUCAAUCUUUAUGUAAGCUAAUUGUUAUUUUCUUUUUCUUGCUUAGCGUUUUGUGAAAUCGAUGGUGUUUUUUUUUUAUACGUUUUUGUGUUUGUCAAAGCAUACUUCAGCUGAGGGUUCUAAUCCACCCUCAGCUCCUCUGUAUGCCGUUUUACUUUAUCCAGUCUCAUGAACAAAGAACAAAAAAUUUAGAAAUUGAUAUAUACGUGGUCUUUACGUUGACACUUCUCGUACGUUCAACGUUUUGUUUGUUUGUUAUGUCCUUUUAUUUCUGUUUGUGUGUGUCUUGAAUGUUGGAAUUUACGCAAUAGAAAUUCAUUAUGCAGUUCUAUAAACUUGACCACCGUCAAUACACGGAAUGUACUCA